AUUUUGCAAAUGCGCGAUAUUUUGAGAAAUUACGGUUCAUUGGCAGUGCAGUUUUUCUCGGUCUGACCUAUUGGUACAACCUAAAACACGGCAAUAAUUAACCAUUUUCUUUGACGACGUUAGGAAUCUACUUCAGUGUCUAAGGCUUUUUUAUGAUGCGAGUAUCUCCAAAAUGGUGACGCCCCGAUCUGAUGACACGCCACGCAAACCCCUUAUUAAAUGGGCAACGUUCAAGUUAGAUGUUAAUGGAGAUCGAGAGAGAACCCGAAAAGUAUAAUUGUUACGUAGCAUGCUGUUGGUGUAUAUUGCCAUUGCAAACAUUCUCUAAGAAGAUUAAAAAUCAGUUUACAGUAAAGCUAUUUAUUGGCUAAAUGUUGAUAUCUCCCUCUGGCGCGUGAAUGCCUGUCUGACAGGGUAAAAUGACCUUAUUAUCACAAAAAUAUAUUUUUACCGGGACUGAAUUGAGGAUUGUGAUGGUGGGAAGAGUUGGAUCUGGAAAAAGUGCUUUAACCAACACCAUUCUAGGAAGAGAGGCUUUUAAAGUGGAGUCACCACAGUCUGUAACCAAAACAUGUGCCGAAGAGUGUUGGAAAGUAACAGGGAGAAUAAUCAAAAUAGUAGACACACCAGGAUUGUUUGGGGCAGCCAUGAUGGGCAAUUCUCUGAAAAAGCAAAUAAAGAAGUGCGUAGAGAUGUCCUCUCCUGGGCCUCACGCCUUCCUGCUGGUGAUCAAACUGGGAGUUACUGUGACCGAUGAGGAGAAGAAUGCAGUAAUGUGGAUCAAGGAGAACUUUGGGGAGAGGGCUUUGAAGUAUACCAUAUUGCUGUUCACCUAUGAAGAUCAACUGAAGGGAAGACCAAGAAAUCCUUGUCCUGCUAUUCAGUCCCUCAUCCAGACUUGUAGGGGAAGAUACAAUGUAUUUAACAAUAAGGAGAAAAAUGAUCAGAGUCAGGUCACUUCUCUUCUGGAGAACAUACAGGCCAUGGUGAAGGAGAACAGGGGAGAAUAUUACACCAACAAGAUGUAUCAGGAUGCUCAAGAGAAGCUUAGAGAACAGAUCAGAGAGGAGAGAUUGAAAAGGCAAGAAGCAGAGAGGGAAGCUGAGCAGGAGCGAGCCAGCAGAGAGAAAGCAGAGAAAAAGGUGCAGAAGGAGAGGAGAAUGAAAGAGGAAGGGAAAAAAAUGUACAACAACAAAGGAAAGAAAAUCAAUCCAUCAAGAGGAAGGCAGAGGAGGAAGUGGACAGCGUGA